AUGCAAUGCAUUUUAGGACUUGUUUUCAUCAUGUCUGCGCUAGCGCAGGCCGCUUUGGGUAGCCAAACCCACGAAUACAACUUUACCACUGGGUGGGUACGAAGAAAUCCAGAUGGGAUGCACGAGAAGCAAAUGAUUGGGUUCAACGGAGUGUGGCCGCCCCCUGACAUCCACCUAAACAAGGGCGAUCGCCUUAUUUUACGCCUGACUAAUGGCUUCGAGAACCUGACAACUUCCUUGCACUUCCAUGGUUUGUCGCACAAUAUCACGCAGGGCAACUUGAACCAGAUGGACGGACCUGAAAUGGUGACACAGUGUCCGAUCAUGCCAGGCGACACCUUUGUUUACAACUUCACGGUACCAGAUCAGGCAGGUACUUUCUGGUACCACUCGCACUCUGGCGCGCAGUACACAGACGGUAUGCGAGGCGCGCUAAUUAUCCACGAUGACGAUGAGCCGUUUGAGUACGACGAGGAGAUGGUCAUCCAGGUAACAGACCUAUAUCACAAGCCUUAUUACCAGGCCCUGGAUGAAUUUCUGACGAGAUACAAUCCAACAGGCGCAGAGCCCGUCCCGGAAAACAUUCUUUUCAACAACACGGUGAACGCUUCAAUCUCUUUCGAGCCGGGCAAGGUUUAUCUCUUGCGGUUUUUGAACGUGGGAACUUUUGUGUCGCAGUACAUCUUCAUGGAAGACCACGAGUUCACCAUUGUCGAGGUUGACGGUGUUUACGUCCAGCCUAAUACCACCGACGUGCUUUACUUAGGGACAGGCCAAAGAACCUCUGUCCUUGUGCGCGCCAAACCUGACGCUAAGAAAAACUACGCGCUCAUGCAAACAAUGGACCAGACAAUGUUGGAUGUCAUUCUUCCCAACCUGCAGGUUAACCGCACAAACCAGGUAGUAUACAACAAGUCUGCGCCUGCAGCAAAUGAGUACUUUAUCGAUAGCUAUGAUGUGGCAACCAACGACUUUUAUCUGUCGCCCCUCUCCGGAAAGCCUCUAUUUCCAGAGCCCGACUAUCGAGUUAAGCUGGACGUAGUAAUGGAUAACCUAGGAGACGGUGUCAACUACGCUUUUUUCAACAACGUUACGUACGUGCAUCCCAAAAUCCCUACGCUUGUUACCGCAAUGACGGCACCUAAGGAUCUAGUCAAGAACCCUUUGAUCUAUGGCGAUAACAUUAACGCUUUCGUCCUCGAGCACGGUGAGAUUGUUGAGAUUGUUUUGAACAACUACGAUGACGGAAGGCACCCCUUCCACUUGCAUGGUCACAACUUUCAGAUUGUUCAAAAGUCGCCAAGUUUUCUGGAAGACACCGAGAACGGACCAGCGGAGCCUGUUCCCUAUAAUGAGUCAGCACCCCUAAUGGACUUCCCUGAGUCGCCUAUGUUGAGAGACACUGUUGUACUUGAGGGCAAUGGUCAUCUUGUGCUGAGAUUUGUGGCGGACAACCCUGGUGUGUGGAUUUUCCACUGCCACGUCGACUGGCAUUUGGAGCAAGGCCUCGCUGCUGUGUUCAUCGAAGCCCCAGAUGUGCUCAGGCAAGUUGAGCAGCUCAACGACAACUUCAAGCAAGUGUGCUACAACGCCAACAUCCCAACAGUAGGUAACGCUGCAGGGAACACGGAUGACUGGUUUGACUUGGCUGGUCUGCCCAAACAACCAGAGCCUUUGCCUGAUGGUUUCACUUUGAAAGGUUAUAUUGCAUUUGCGGUGUCCAGCAUGGUCGCUGUUUGGGGGCUAUACACCAUUGUGCAAUAUGGACUUCACGAGGCUACUCAGGAUGACGAGCUCAUUUACAGCACUUUAAAAAAUCUUCUAGAGGAGAGUGAGCAAAGCUCUGGUUGA